AUGGCAGAACCCUUUGCGCAACCGUCUUACAACGCCCGGUCCCGAUACCAGCAGCCACACUUAAAGUCACUGGAAUCAGAGAAUGAAGUGAUAUGGACAGCCACUCGGUGUAAUCGACUUUUGCGGCCCCUUUCGUCACGGCUGCUUCUGUUGCGGAAGUCAUGCGCCAAAGCUGGACCGAAAGACAUGACCGCCGAUUUUGACGACAGUUACCUCUAUCCAAGAAAUGUUGCCUUCCAAAAUAAAUAUCGGUUGAGUAAGCAUACAAAGGCAACGUAUAAUGAAGAUCCGGAGUGGAUCCCGAUUCAGAAAUCAAAGCGCAAGAUUAGGCAACAAUAUACUGGGCGUAGGACGCGACUCCAAAGUGAAGGCGAGGCAAAGGAUUGCAAAUCUCCGAGAUCGACAUUGCCUCCAGGAGAAGUCAUUGUGCCUACUCCGGCAAUCGCUAGAAAUCUGUCAAUAAUACAGGAGCCUGCACAAAAAGAUGUAUCACCGAAAAUAAGCAAUCCUAGAGAUACGAACCUUGCCACCCCAACAAGAACGAGGUUGCAAGGGAAAGGAAAUACUAUUUUCUCAAAUGGGGCGCCAAUAAAACAACUCAUUCACGGUUCCAAUGACACGCUCGAGCCGCAGAAAAGAAGUUUGGUAAAUGGGAUCUACGCUGCCCUCGACUGCCUUCUGCGAUCAACAAUGGGGUGCCGAGGUGCUCAAAUUGAAGGAGCCCCUACUCUCUUGUUGAUGUGUCUCAGAAAGGUUCCAGACUAUGUGAUUGAAGAAGAGAUUUGGCUGCGAGAAUCGGAUAAUCUUGCGGAACAACCAAAUUUAUCCUCCGAAGUCUACUCUGAAUUGGAAGUGCUUGGAGCCUCAAAUUCGGGUGGAUGGACGCCACUGAGACAUGUUGUCAGAGCACAUGGAAUUUCGAUGAUAAAAAGGGCAAUUCUUGAAGGAACGUUGAACGACGAGGCUGUGAGGGGUCUUGUGCUAAUAUGUACCAGAAAUCGUGCCUUCAGCGAGGCGGAAGUUCUACUCUCUACUAUGCUCUCAGUAUGCAGAAUAUUUGAAAAGCCCACGACACCCCAAAAUAGGCUCUUUGAUUUGAAACGCUCAGCUAGUCUCCACACUCUGGAGCUUUUCGUGAAGGCAUCCGGCCGCCGAGGCUACCUCUAUCGUCAGCUAGAUGCUCUUUUCCGAGGUGGGCAGAUACCCUUGCAGUGGCUGGCAACCGAGGAUUUGCUUUCGUUGUGGAGCCAAAUUCUUCAGACUUUUCCUAACUCAAACAACGGCCAUAAGGAAGGCAAAGAUUUGAUUUUUAAUGCGUUGCGGCACCUUUGCCACCUAGAUAAGGAUUUUCUCGGUCCACAAACGCAUCAGCUCCGCCUACGAUCAUUGGACGCUAGGAGAAAAAAGCGAAUGCGAGAGCAACCCUUUUCCUUUCUCCGAAAUUCUUCUCAGUCGAUAAAGUCGCCGUUGAAAAGUCGGAUUUCCCUUGAUCGGGACCAGGAAGGGUCACACUUUCCUCUUGAGAAUACGUUCUCGAGCAUUGCUGUUAUUCUAACCGCUAAAUCUAUGCUUCAUGGAAAUAAUAGUCAUGGAGAUUCAGAUAUGCACCUCUUCCAUUGUAUCUUUCUGCCUCUCCAGUCUCUGGCGCUUGACAUAGAGAGAACCACCGAGCUUGGAGUGUUGAAUCCUCCAUUCAGGCUGUCCCACCAGCUCCACAAUCGUCGAGCGUUACAAGUUGUUCUGGCAAACUAUUUUGCCUCAGCGUGCUUCGACCAAAAUUUGAGAGACAUGCCCUCUGUAGUAACAGAGAGAAACCUUCAAGCAUUACAUUCGCUUUUAAGAGGAAUAAGAGGCUCCAUCAACGCAUGUGAUGGGUUCGAAAGUAUUUCUAAGUUCAUAUGCUCUAUUGCGCGCCGCUGCGGCAGAGUAUACAGAGGUGAUGGCUUCUGUCAUCUUAAAUCUCUCGUGCGCCUUCUUGUCUCGAUUGCUGAAAGCAGCAGCUCCAUCCAUACCUUCCGCCAAGAAAAGAGAUUACUUGCUGGAAUAGGGCUUGAUAGCGCCAUGCAUUUUUCGGAGCAGACUGGAUCCUCUGAACAUCUUCAAUAUGCACAAGAAAUAGAGAAAUUCAUUAUAGACAGCGAUUUGGUUUGGAGUGAAACACAGAACAGGGGAGGGACCUCAGCAGAAAGCAGUCGAACUAAGUUUCGAUGGGAAGAAGGCAUCUGCGAAUGGAUAGCAGAAACGCCGACGGCAGCCAUUCGGCAUAGGGCUUGCUCAAGAGCCUCGACUCCCUGCACUGCCAAAUUAAAAACCACUACCUCUGAUAUACAGAAUCCUGGAGGCGAUGCUAAGAAACACAACAAGUAUUCUAUCAAGGAUCGAGGUCCACAGAUUCUCAUAGUUGAAAGUGGCUUAGGUCGUCAUGGAAGGGAGGAAGGGAACUCCCUGGUCCAAUACCCUGUCAACUUUCCGAACAGGUAUAUAUCGGAGAGAGGAAACUCAGACAUCAUGCAGCGCGUCCCUUCAAUCUUAGAUGGACAGGUAAAACGCCGACUCUAUGAAGCCUCUCUACCAUCCAGGGACUUUCGUUGCAAGCGACGUCGGCUGAACUCUUGGAGUCGCGCUGACAAUGUCAACAUGGUGUCUGAACUCUAUUCAAACUCAUCGAACCUGCACAAGGAUCGACCCAUAUGCGAGCAUUCAGAUGAAGACGAGCUGGCGACUGGUGAGUCGGAGGUUCGGAUUAGACCAACGAUAUCAUCAGGGGCCCUCAAGGAAAUUGGCAAUGUACAGUGCUAUAGCCCCUCAACCUCUUCCGCACCGCGAUCCAGGUACUGGGCACAGCGCCAGAUGCGCAAGGUCAUGAGACAAUUAAAUACUGGCAUAAACGGAGAUGGAGCGAAUUCGGCUGAGAGCGAGGAUGAGUUAUGCCAGUCGGCGUGA